AUGAAACAAGAAAAAGCACUAAACGUUUAUUUAAUGUUUGCGAGAGUGAAGAAGUUAAAAUCUGAUUUGAUUUGGAGUAACUUGAUUUGUGCAAAGCUUGUACGAAAGUUUGUGAGUGUUUUCGGAAAUUUCGCAAAAGUGUUGUCGCGAGUUGUAAACGCCCGCCCUUCAAGGCGAAAUGAUGGAUACAUUGCAGCCAACACCACUCUGACGAACGAUGGUGGAGCACAGGUAGAUGAUGUCUUUCUGCAGUCGUCUGAUGAUUUGGAUAACAGUAAAAUGUCGCUUCCGCCAAGAUAUCGGCUACGCGAUUUACUGUUGGGCGAUUUUGCCUUCACCGAUGAUGGACAAAGGUAG